CUAUAAUAUGGUGGACAAGACAUCUUCGGCUGACGUGUACAACCGAUUUUAAAGAUGCUGAAGCUGAUUUAUAAGAUUUCUUAUGCCGGUUUGGCUGUUUUACUUCUUCAAUUGAUAUCUUCGUUUGCAUAUGCUGAGAAGAUAUCAAACUUACGAUUAUGCGCAGACAGAUACUGUGAAACAAUUAUUUCAAAAGCAAGAUCAUUAGCAAGAAACAAACCAACAGAUCCUGCUUUCCUUGCAUUCGAUAGAGGAGACAUUAUUAAUGUGUACAGCAAGUCUGCAGGCACAAGGCAGGACCUCUGGGGAGGAGAGGUCAAUGGAAAGAGAGGCUAUUUUCCACGCUCCUUUGUGAGGGAAUAUAAAGUAGAAAUUCCAAACCCUCAGCAUACUGUAGAAACAGAGCCCCAUGUUCCAAUAGAGGACCGGAUAAUGGGCAGAACAGCCAGCCAUGAAUCUAAACCUACAAGGCAGCCCCCUCCAAACCAGGAACCAUCUGCAGGGGACCAGCCUCCCAGUGGUAGGGAACCAGAAACUGUCCCUGUUGUCAAGCAGGCCAUGGACGCUAUUGAGACUGAGACCAGGGGGACAGAAGCUGCUAAAGAGACUGGUCAAGAUGUACAGCAGGCACAAGCUGAUCAGAGAAAUACUAAUACACAGGAUGUACGAGAAGAGGCACAAGGUGAUGAAACAGAGAGAGAUGAGACUGAAGUGGAUGAGACAGAGAUAAAUGAGGAAACAGACAUCUCAGAGGAGGAAAAGAGUAGUGAGAAACAUCAGGAAACAGAUGAUAAGAAGAAUGAUGAUAUUGAUCAAAAUGUGCCUGCUGACAAUACAGAGGUGGAUGAAACUGAGAUUGAAGAUGAGACGGAUAUAUCUGAAGAUGAGACGGAGAUGGAUGAGGUUGAACAAGAACCAGAAGAUCAAAAACCGCAUGACAUGAGGGAAGAACAUAAGCCUGUUCCAACACCUAAUGAUAAAGUUCCAGAUGAAGACAGUACAGAAGUAGAUGAUACAGACCUUGACAGUUCAACUACUAAAGAAAAGCUAUCAGAAAAUCCUGAUGAAAAGUCAGAGGGAAUGCCAGAAAUAAAAGCAGAUACAAUAGUCAAUGAAGAUGACAGUACAGAAGUAGAUGGUGCUGACCUUGAAAAUGACAGAACUGAAGUGGAAGGAAAUGCAGAAGAAACUCAAAAAAAUAUUGAAUCAGCUGAAAAAAAUGCAGAAGGUGUUGAAGCUGAAGAUGGUAUUGCAAAGGAAACAAAUGGUGAGAAAACUACAGAAAAGCCACCAGCAGAGGAUGGUGCUACGGUGCAGGAAAAAAAACAUGAUGGAGGUGAUAAGGCUGAAGGAGAUACAGUUGGUGUUAAAUCAGAUGAGACUGAAGUACCGGGCAAAGAAGAGGAAGGGGGAUCUAUACUGGGGAGCAUGUUUGGUGCUGGAAAGGUUGAAGAUGUAACAAACAAUGCCGAAACAAUUCAAGAUGAGGAAAAUGAUGUAAAUGAGCCUAAUGUGAACAUGGUUGUUUCUCAUGAUUCUGAUGUGGUAAAGAGUGAAACAAAAAUUGAACAAAGUGACUCAAAUGCAGGGAGUCAACACUCUGAACAAUUAAAUGAGGUAGGCAAUGAGGAUAAACAAAAGGAAAGGGCAUCUUUUGAACAAAAAGACCGCACAAUGCAGUCAGCCCCUGAUAAUGAUGAACAUGAAUAUCACAUUGGUGAUACAGAUACCUUUGAGGCUAAAGAGCUUCUUGACAAACAACAGGUCAUAGAAAACAUACCACAGGUUGAUGCAAGAGAAGUUAAUCUUAGUGAUGAAAAGGAAGAUGAAGAUACUAGAAUGCACAGGGAUCAUACACGCGAAGGUAACAUAGAUAUAAGUAGCAUGUUGUACUCACAUGUAGAUUCAACCUUGAGUGUAACAGAUCAGAAUGCUGCAAUGGGUAAUAUCAAAGGCAUGGACAAGCAUGUUGAGCCUGUUGAAGUAAACACUGAGUCAAGCACAGAAACCAAAAGCCUUAAUUUACAUGAUAUGAUACGCCCAACACCUGUUUUAGAUAUUAACAGUGAAUCCACUAAUACCCAUCCUUUGGAUGAAACUAAUAUGGAUUUGCUUGCUGCCAUAGCCCCAAAUACAGCAACUGAUUUGUCAAUUGUUGAUGAAACUAAUGCUGGUCCUGAUUCUGUAUACAAAAGUCAAGUUAGCUCUGAAUUAAAGAAACAGUCAGUUAGUUCUGAAACAUUCAUACCUGGUACUACAGAGUUCUCGUCUAUACAACCAACAAAACCUUUUCCAAACACAGAUCAAACUUUAUCAUAUACUACAAUGAAAACUGUUAUGGACACUGAACCAUUAGUUGGCUUGACCAAUAAAAAUGUGGCAAGUAAGCUGGAGAACACUGAUGAUACAGAUUUUAAUGAAUUUGAACUAGCUGCAAAAGCUCAACAUUCUAGUAGUCAUUUACAUAAUCAUAAUAACUUGCUCCAUGAUCUACUUGCUGCGAAAAUGGAGGAGGAAGAGUUUGAAAUGGCUGAAGGAUGGGCUGCGUCUAUGGAGAAAGGGGAGUCAAGAAGUUUGUAUGACAACAAUGAAGACUCAGAAAUUGAAGAUUCUCUUUAUGAUGAGAUUAUAGAUGGAAGUAUAGAAAUUACUGAGAUGCUUAAAGUAAAGUCAGAUAAAAAAGACAAUUUAAGGGAAGAAAAUAAGACUAUUAAUCAUUUAAGUUCCUUUGCUGGUGUUGGUAAAUCCAUUGACCUUAACAAAGCUGAUGGACAGAGGGAAAAUGAUAAAAGUGAUGAUUUAACUGAAAAAACUGCCACUGGUCAUGAUUUUAAUGAAAUUACAACUAAAAACAAAAAAAUUGAAAGACAAAUAAUUGAACAAGAAAACAGUCAAUUGGAAGUCAAAAGUCAAGGUCUUAAAAAUGAUGAUAGUAAAAGCACAGCUGACUCAACAAAUCGUUCCAAAGAAAAUGUCCAGAAAUCUGAAGAGCAUGUUGAUAAACCUAACUCUGAAAAAGACCAGAAAACUACCAAUGAAGAUAAGGUGGCUGACCCACUUGAUACUGCAGCUAGGGAAAGUGUUUUAGCUAGGGCCAGAGCCUUUUUUGGUUCCAAGCCGGCAGAAGUUGAAAAGGAAGAAAAAACAGAAGACAUUCAACAAGCUGAACCAGAAAAGGUCAAAGAAAUAUCUGGAACAGAAAAUAUAGACCAGGAGCCAGUAGAUGUUACUAGUAAAAGGGAAGAUGGUAGAAAUGAGCAAACACCUGAAGAGUUAGAUAAAAAAGAAGAUAUUAUUGAUGAAGGUAUUCUUGGUAAAUUUGAAAAAGCAUUUGAGGCUAUGUCAGAAGAAAAAGAAAAAGCAAAAAGUGAUAAAGAAAAGGCUGAAACUGACCAGGUUUUGAAGAAAUUUGAGAAGGCAUUUGAAGCAAUGGCUAAGGAUAAGACUGAUCCUUCUGAUGAUGAUGAAAGUUUAAAGUUUGUUAAUGAACAGGGGGAAAUUGAUGAUGAACAAAUACACAAGAGAGGAGAAACUGUAGAAGAAAUGGAAAUAAAAGAGCCUGUACAGAAAGAAGUUGUGAGUGAACUACCUAAUGAAAAUGAUGAGUCAAUUGCUGAUAUUCUAUCAGACACUGUUAUUGAAACUGGAAGUUUAGAGACACAAACUGAGAACACAGAUUCAACAAUGAUUGACGCAACCUCUAGCUCCGAGUUUAUAGAAACACAAGGUACUAAUAUUGGUGAAAAUAAAGGUACUGUUAUUGAUGGAACUACUUUUGCUGCUGAUUAUUUGGAUGAGACAGUGGCCUCUGUAACACAAUCCUUAGUGGAAACAAAAGUCAUUGUUCAAGGUUAUACAACACAGACAGAUUCUGACCAGAUUGAACCUUCAACAGUAGUUGCUGAAUUUGAAGAUUUUGAUGGAACACAUAUACCAGCAAAUUAUAUUUCUGAAAUCCAAGAUGUUAAAGACAGUAUACAAGUUGCAAGUACAGAAUAUCAGCCUUUAAUGCAAUCUGACAGUGAUAUGCAUUUACCAAAAGAUGACAAACUUGACCUUCAACAGGAAAUCCCCAGUCAGACAGAUACACAACUUUCACCAUCAGAAGUAGAAAUUCAUUCUGAAACCAUUUCCUCUGAACAAACUGAAGGAAUACUUGAUACAACUUCUACUCCUGCUGUUGAAAGUCAAAGUACAGUUACAGAUAGUCUUACAGCAACAGGCACAUUUAAAGAUGUCCCUACAAAAACUGCUGACACAUUAUAUCCAACACAAACACUAAGUGAAACUGCACAGACACUUGGAACAUCAUUUGAAUUCCAUUCAAUGGCAAGUGAAGGGGAGCAGACAGUGCCAAUUGAAACAGGUAAAGUAAUAAUGGAAACAGAACUUCAACAAAACAAUGAGACUGUAGAUAGCCAUAUUGUCCAGGAUCAAGUCCAGCCUUCCCUGGACCAGGAUGCUUACAAAACAGAUCUUUACCUUUCAAGAAAACCGUUGUCAACUGGCGUAACAGAAUCAACAGAAACAACUACUGAUUCAGUUAACCAAAACACUGAUCAAAACAACAAUGACCCAAAUCAGAAAAACAUGAUGGAAAAUGUUAUGGACUACUUUAAAGAAUCAACUACCCAGCCAAUGCCAGAUUAUGAAAUUGCUCCGCCUACUGAUACCCCACCCACUGAUGACCCUUACAGCAGUGAGCACAUGCUCUCAAGGAAAGUGCCUGAUCCUGCCCUGGAAGAAGAGGAUGAAAACAAGCCUGGAGUGGAUGUCGUCAAAACACUGGAACAGACCCUGAAAGCAUUGAUUGACAUACUGCCAGGAAGCAUGCAGUCAAUGCUGGAGGAGGAGCCCCUGGGUCUGUCCCCACCCCUUACACUGCUUGUGUCAAUGCUAUCCACCUGCGUUCUGGGUGUCCUUACAUGUGUAGGAUGCUUGUGUACAGGUGGAAAAACAAGGCUUGAGAAAAAGGACCCUCUUGUGGUUAUCCGCUCCCUGGAGGAGAAACUGUUUAUUGCGACCAAGGAGAAGGAGAAUCUUGAGGAUGAAGUGCAACUCAAAGAGCAGAAGAUUUCUGAGCUGAAAGUGGAGGUGGACAGUCAGCAGUCGAGUUCUGGCACAUUUGAAACAGACCUCAAAACCAUCCAGCUCCAUAACGAGUCUUUAAAGCAACAAGUCUCCAUGCUGCACCAGGAGAUCACAGACAACAAGCACAUGAUAUCCGAGCUGGAGCAAGAGUGUGCUCAGAAGUCAGGAGAGGUGGAGGCCUAUGCCACAGAUGUUGAACACCUCGAACACAGGGCUAAUGAGGCAGAUCUUGCCUUGAAAAAGGCAUUUACAAGCCUGUCAGAGAAGGGGGAGGAGCUAAUGAAGGCUACACAACUGGUGGAGAGUCUCACAGAGCAGGUCCGGCGUCUCGAAACCAGGAAACAACAGUUGGAAGAUGAGUCUACAGACUGGUCUGAGAAAGUGAAGGAGUUGUCUGAGCAGGUGGAGCAGUCGAGCGUGGAGACUCGUAGAAUGCAGGAGGACCUGGCCUUCAAGGAAAAUGAACUCGAGGUGUUGCGGGAUUGUUUCCUGCAGGUAAAGGCAUUCCAGGGAGAGGACGUGAUCCAGGAAGAACAAGAUGAGACACCUGCAGAUCUCAGUGAGAAAUUAAAGCAGAUGAUGGAUGUUUCUCGUGUGAACGCGUCACUGCGAGCUGUCGAGGAGGAGAGGGACGUCCUCAACAACAAACUUGCCAUUGAGAUUGAGUCUCGCCAAGAAAUGGAGGACCAGAUGCAGUCAUUGAAGCGCAAGUUGGAGGGCGGACAGACAGACAAAAUGAAGGCUGAGAGACAGUGCCAGGAAGCUCAGACUAAGCUGGAAGUCCUCUCCAAAUACUUCAGGGAGAAAGAGACAGAGCUCACAAGGCAACUGGGUGAGCAGGAGGUGCUAAAGAACCAAAACAUUUCCAAGCUCCAGUCCUCAGACUCUUUCACACAGGAGCUAUCACAGGAGAAAGAGCUUUACAGGCAACAAGUGGAUGAUCUCAAAACAGAAAUCACAAAGGCUGAAAGAGACUUCAGAUCUCAGAUUGCUGCAAACGAGAAGAAAGCGCAUGAAAAUUGGUUGGCCACGCGAGCUGCAGAGCGUGAAUUGAAGGAAUCCCGACACGAGUGUGGCAUGCUCAGACAGAAGUUGACAGAUUUGGAGAGGAAACUUAUGCAGGGGCCACCACCUGGUCUUAUCCGACCCAUCACCCACCGUCCAAUGCCUCCACCUGGUAUGCUGAAUGGCCCCCGGCCUCCACCCCCAGGGGAGCGCCCUGGAUCCCGUGGGUCAGUUCAAGGACGUAUAACCCCCCGGCUUAGGGAUGAUGAUUAUCGAGCAUCACCUGUUGGUGGAUAUCCCCCACCCCCUCCAGACAGACGACUGCCCCCUGGAGCCCGACCCCUACCCCCUCAUGCGACUUCUCCCCCGCCCUUCGCCAUUCGACCGCCUUACCCCGGAGAUCGCAGGUCCCCACCCCCAUUUGACCGUUACCCACCUCCCCCCAUUCGAGGACCUAGACCCCCCUAUCCCAGACCCCCACCCCCUCACUUACGAAGUCCCCCACCCCUAGGCAAUUCUUCUGAGCUUGAUGAUUCAAGGGAUUCUUCUAGGCAGGAUGAUGAAAUGAGUGACUGUUCUGAUUCAAGACCGGGUGUCCCCCAAGUACAACCGAGCACCUCCACCCCACGACGGACGAGACCGCCAGCACCGCCACCAAAGCCACGUGUGAACAGGCACCAUUCCGGAAACUGGGACUAGUGUGCCAAAACAGAGACCUUGGGCCCGGAGAGCCUUUAUCAAGAAUGUAUUUUCUCUGUAUUACUAUUAUAAUCACAGAGAAACUCAUUGCCAUGUCAUUCCAAAAAUGUCUGUUAGCGUUAGUCUAUACCCCAGAAUUGACCAGCACAGUAUUAAAAUAAAUGAUAAAGGCUUCACCGUGAAAUUAAAGUUCCCAAGGUUACCAUCAGGGUCUUGAUGUUUACAAACAAAAUGUGCAUUAGUUACAACUGCAAUAGCAGUUAUAUGUUACGUUUUAUGUUGGUUUUGAUGUUGUAUUAUGGAAUAUUUGCAGGUUUUAAAGGAAUUGCUUCUGUUCUAAAAAAAUGGAAUACUGGUUGUACAGAUUUGUUAGUGUCAUUUUCAUUACUGACGUGCCAAACUAGGUUCACAAUUCGUGUUCUAAGGUCACCCGUGCUGCAAUCAACCCCAUCCCCCCUCCAUCCCAAUCCUUCACAUAUGUUGACUUUAUGAUCCAUAAAUUGCAUUGAUAAUUGUAUUGUACUUAAUAAGAGUAAUUAAUAGGAAGAUAUGUGAAGAAUACAUCUGGUAGCUUUGUCCCUCAGCAUCAAAUCACUGCCUUCAUUUUCAUACAUUUGGCAAUUUAACAGUGGGCUUUAUAAUGGAUUUAACAAAGUCAGGGGGUAAAUACAUUACAAUUAAAGGACCUAAUAUUUUUUCUUUUGUUUCAUUUUGGAAAAGGAAAGUGUGUAAGAUAGCAUUUACUUCUAAUUAAGAUUGUGCUUACCUGUCCAGUUCGGUAAAAUAUAUUUUCUCAAAAUUCUCUUUCGUAUAUUUUUGUAGCAGUCUACUUGCAUAUUUAGCUUGAUGGUAGAAAAUAUAAGAUAUAUCCCUAGUGGGCUCAUAAAGGCUUAGAAAUGGUCUAGAAUGGAAUGUAGAUGUAUGUACCUUAAGAUGUUAUAAGUGCCUACUUAUAUUUAUAGUAAUUAGUAAAACAAUUUUUUGGUAACCUUAAGAUCUGUUUCCAUAAAAUCUUAAAACAUUAAGAAGUUAGGUUGUUUUUCAAUUUCAAAUAUACUCAAUUAUUUCAAUUCUUAGACAUUGAUAUAUUAAUUUGAUGUAUUUGAUUCAUAAGCAUAAAAUUUGAUGACAUAAUGUUGAAUGCAUAAUUUAUAUGUAAAACAUGUAUUCCAUACUGAAUGUAUUUAUUUUCUGUGCAAUCUGUGAUUUAUUGUUUUGUUUAAGACAUCUUGAAUUUGAUCAUUUAGAUACAUGUGUAUUUGCAAUUCUUGUUUUGUUUGCAUGGUUGUGUUGUUAUGAAGUCAGUUCAUGAUGUUUCUUUAUGAAAACAAAAAUAGAAUAUUUAUGUUUUAAAUCCUUUUUAUUAACUAUCAACCUGUAUUCAAUGGCAUAGCUUGGUAAAGGAGCUACGGAGUUGCUCCCCUUUUCCCAACUAUUUUUCUCUAGUUUUGCCAUUAAUUUUCUUUCACUUAAUAUAUGAAUGAUGUUAUGCAUAAUGCGCAUGUCACUAUCACUAGCUAUCCAAUAAUGUGUUAGCAUGACAGUAUAUCUAAGGCCUUAUCUAAAGCUCCAAUGGAUGUGUUCCAAAAAUUUUAAAAAAAAUAUUUUAUUUUGCAAAAUUUCUUUGAUUCUAUUAGGUGCAUGAAGAGAAAGCACACAACAGUUUAUUCCAUUUGCAUAUCAUUUAUUCCAUUAAGUUCUAUUUGUCUAACAAAAAAUGUUUACCUUUGUAAAGCCUAGUCAUUAGUUCUGAAAAAAGUUUCCAUAUUUUUUUCAAUGUAAUGUUGGUAAUAGUGUUGUAUGUAUGGGGAUGGGUCAUCUCAAUCAACUGACCAUUUUAGCCAGGUCCAGAUCAGCUUACUAUCCACUAAUGUAAAUUCAAUUAAAAUGAUGAAUUUGAAAUACAAAUGGAUGGCUGUUACACAUUUUAUUUUCAUGUGACUGCCAUUUUAAUGAUGUAAGUAAUAAGUAUUAAAACAAGACCAACUCACUUCCACCAAGCGUUUUUACUUGAUUUAGUUAUCAGCACCAAAAUGAAAUAAACAACAUAUCUAUGACAUCAUAAUUUAAAACAAUGACUACAAUUUGGUGUAUGUAUCUUGACCUUUGAUAAAUAUUUUCCUUCUCAAAAUGAUACAGGAUACAUAAUGGACCUUUGAGGCGGCUGGCCCUCUUGAUGACUAGAAUUUAUUUCACAAAUUUCUAAUUAAAAGUACAUGAAAUUUCCCAAAAAGUAUGUGUUAUUAUUGCAUAAAACACUUGCCUCUACUCAAUAGUGAUAUAACAAUGGAUCCUUUCUCUGCUUCUGUUGUAAAUGUACAUGUAAAGUAAGGCUGAUAUGGAUCAUAUUAUGAUGGUGAGUGGUCUGAGAUGAUCUUGAUUUGAUAUGCACUGUGUGUAUUUGUGCAGAGUAAGAUUUAUGUCUGUAAAAUGGUGAUUAAAAUAUAUAGUUAAUGACAAAUAAAAUGUUAAAGAUG